GUCGAGGCUGCAGAAGCUCAGUCGAUGCGAUACCCGGUUUCGCCUCUUACGAAUGCAUCAAGCCGCCAGUGCUCAUGGCGUCUUGGUGGAAUUUCAUUGAGAAAUACUCAUUUUCUGAGAAACUCCGCAACUCCUCUUUCGGAUGUGGUUGAUGCACGAGAUGAUACCCUGAAGCGCUGCAUUCGCCCCACAUGGUCUGUUCACGAACUAUUGUCCACCUAUCCAGCACCCAAGAUAUCGGAUGCGACGCUGGUAAAGCUUCACCGGGUUUCUGCACUCAUUCCACCCCCUCUCGAUUCGCACGCCUAUUCUGAGCGCAAACACCAACUGGAGGAACUCAUUCGUCUCGUAGAAGCGGUGAAGCUUGUGGACGUAAGCUCCACCCGGGGCACUAGCAUUCCUGAUGGACGUGUAUGGACACAAGGCCGGCCAAUCGAUGCCCCAGACUUGAAUAACGAGUCGUCUGCACCACAAGUAUCGGAGGAACGAAAUAUAUUACAACAUGCUUCUAAGUCUGUAGACGGGUACUACGUUGUUGAGUCGCCUUCAUUUAGGGCAUGAGGGGGGCUUCGUUUGUUCGCUGGAUUGUGGCUUGCGUGGUAUGUACUUUUCCCCAGUCUAAAUUGUGUGCUCGUUGUCGACUAACUAGCCUAUGGUAUUGUAAGGAAUCCGUGGUGGAUGCAGGAAUGUUCAUUCUUACUGUAAUGUACAUAAAACAACUGUAUUUACUUUGAAAU